AUAAUCCUUAAAAAAAAUACUUUAAAUUAAUUGCAUGAUUGGAUAACCCAUUUUGAUGACACUGCUGGAUAAAUAGGAGGAGAAUAUCAGGGAUUUUGAUGGCGUGAGGAAGAACUCCCAAGAAUUCCACCUUGAAUUGAUGAAAUUAGUAGAUAAAUAUGAGCAUUUCGACCAUUUUUCUGUUGUUUUUCAUUAUUUUGUUGGUGUUGAAAAUGUGUUGUUGAAAAUCAGCUGUUCUCAUGAGGCAUAAGCGGAGUCCCAUCGGAUUCUCGUCUCUGAUACAUACAUACACACACACACACACACACACACACACAUACACAUGUGCUCUUUCCGCAGAAUAGAGACUGAAAGUCACACAGCAAAACAGAGUCCCGUUCCGUUUUUUUCCUAUGCUUCACACGAGCUUCGCUAUUUUCUGUGAGCGAGCGAGAGUGAGAGUCGUUUUAGAAUUGUGGCAAUAGAACGAAGGAUAGAAGGAGACAACGAGAAUGGAACAUAGCCCAAAACUGAUUCUAAGCCAAUUCGAAUUAAAUUCCACUAAAUGACGACCCAGAUGCAUCUCUGGGUAAACAUCGAUAUAUUUAUGUACACAAUAUAUCGCCAAGCUUUAAGGACUCCCAUCUUUGAUUUAUAUGUACUUUUUCUGUGUGCUGUGUCAUUGCAAAGACGUGUUUUUUUUGUGACUUUUGUUUUUUGUUCAUUUUUGCUUCAAAAUGCUACUUAACUUACCCCUGGAGAUCGUUGACAUAGUGUUCGGUUACCUGGACGAGACGGACCAACUGAAUCUGGCCGACGCACACCAAAUGCUUGGAAGCGCACUUCUUUUCCAUGCUUGCGGACGAUACGCAGAACUUGCCUGUUCCAAAUUCAUAGACGACGAUCUGAAAGUUAUUCUGGCAACGUGUGGAUCCUCUGUAGUCAAAAUUAACAUCGAUCUCCUUGUAGGGGAGUCAGUUAUAAAUCUUGUGCCAAAGUAUUGCUCUAAACUGGCAUGCGCUCAAUUGUGUGUAUCAAAUGGGAAUAUCAACGCGAUCAAAUCCAUUUUAAGCAUGAAAGACCUCGAAUUCAUUCGGAUUUGGAGUCUGGAUUAUGUGGAAUCGGAUAUUCUUCUUGACAUUAAUACAGGCUGCAAAAGAUUGGAAAUAUGCUAUAUUUCGAAAUCUGAGGUCAGCCAUUUACAGAGACUGGAACACCUGGAAUAUUUGUCGAUUUAUUCGGCCAGUAGCGCAAGCGUAAACCAUAUUCUUGAAGUAUGCGUUCAUCUGAAGAAACUUGAAACUUUAUGUAUAAUAACAGCAGAGGACAACACGACAUGUUCAGUGAAUCAUUAUCAUGAUUUUGUGUAUCCUCAAGUGGAAAACCUUACGUUUAUGUUCUGCCCAUUAUGUUCAGUCUUGCCAUCAUGUCCGAAGCUCCGCUCGUUGACCCUGUUUUGCAACGAAUAUCGUAACGUUAGCAUUGGAAAAAUCAUCGCAAAAUAUGCACUCACAUUGGAACGUCUGACAGUACACUUAGAGGAGAACCAACCCAACGGAUUUACUGCAGAGGUUUUUUUGGAAGCUCUUGGAGAAUGCAAAAACUUGCAGGUUCUUUCCAUGGACACCAUUGAUGUCAUAACGGAUGUGUUCAACGGACAUCUAGAAGCCUUCAUGAACAUUUUAAUGGCGAAUGGUUUCAAUGAACACCGUCGUUUUUUAGUGACUACUGAGUCCUUGCUUGCCCAUGAACAGAUGCGGAAAUUGGAGACUGAUUACAUAAGCUCCGAAAUAUGGAAUUUGAUUAGUUUCCAACUGAAUAAUUAGUUGAUUCCAAAUUCCAAAAGAAAAAUGCUAACAAAAUGAUCUCAAGCUCUUCAAAUGUUCCCAGAAGCCCAAAAACUACCAGUCACCAGUGUACGAGUCUGUGUCGAUCGAUUCCAAACAAAAGCAACAAAAGUUGAGCAUCAACAGAAAAUAAUAAACAUUAGAUACAUAGAUUGAAUUGAAUUGAAUCGGAACGGAAAGGCAAUUCAUUGUUGGCCGCACGAUUCCGAAAGAUCUAGUUGCGUCUUGUUUGGUUCUCGUUUCUCGUUUCCCACGAAGGAGACCCAUCCGCAGACAGUGUCGUAUCUGUCCUUUAUCCGGCUUCAAUUGAGACCUCUGUCUGAAGGCAUCUCCAGCCACUGCGAGUGUGGCUACUGAUACUAAAUCUGUUCCAUUUGCACAACAAAAUUGUACAUUUAAAUAACCUUCCCAAGAGCUUCACAUGCUUCGGUGCACAGACGGCUAUGGAGUCGAAGUCGAAGUCGAAGUCGAAGUGGAAGUCGAAUCUCCCAUGUAUUUUGUUCUCCCUCUGCGUUUCUUUGGGCGUUCACUUGCGCUGCUUAACCUUCGAGGCGCAAAAUGUUUUUUGUGUAAACGAGUACUUAUUUCUCUCUCAAGCCAUACCCUCUCCCAGUGGAAGGGCCAUGCACUUCACAACCUCAGUGUGCCACAGCGUUGGAUCGUAGUUGCAGUUGCGGGUUGAGUCUCUUGUAGGGUAUUCCCAGCUGCGGCCAACCUUCCUCUCGCCGCUGUUUUUGGGGCCAGGGCGUAGCUGCAAUUGAAGGACAGCCACGGUGGCAAUUUGAAGGCAAGCUAAGCAAACGAAUGCCGCGCGCCGUGAGUCGAGCGAGGUCUAGUACUUUUUUGCAGCUGCUCCGAAUGGAGCUCCGACCAACACCCAACACCCAGCACUUGGCCUGGCCUGGCCUGUUCUGGUCAGCCCCAAGAUUGCUGCGAGUCGUUCGACUGCACUCCACACUUGACUGCUGCAAUUCGGAACUGCAAUGAGAAAAAGUUGUCGCUGCUACCUUUAAUUUUUUGGGCGACUGCCGGCCACGGCUAAGUCACGUUCCGAUUGCGCAUUUAACCCGUCCGAUUACUUAACUUGGUUCAGCUUCUUUCAGCUUUUUUCUUGGUCGUGGCUCCUUCUCGAUUUGAUUGCUGCUUGUUGCAACAUGUGGCCGUUGACGGCCGAGUGCGACUGGCUGCAGUCGAGAUGCUCUACGCACAGUGGGCCUUGUCGGAUCGCAUAGAUCAUAAAUCAUUCUCGACGACCUUUCGGCCUCAAUUGGCAUCUGUCUUGGGACAUACCUGUCAUAAAAUCACCAAAACAUUUGCCAUUUCUGCGAGUGGUCUACGUGACAAGCACGCGUCAGACUUGCAGUAGAAUUUCGGUGAUUAUGGGCAGGUAAGGGCCUCCCGAUCCACCCAGACAUUGGCCAGGUAUGGAGGACUGUACUUGAAAGUCCUUCAACACGAGACCCUAGAUAAGGGGGAAUAUCUGCUUUCGAGUAAAGUCGAACGGAACGGAACGGAACGGAACGGUGGUGCCCAUGGCUGGGUGGCUUGGUGGCUUGGUGGCUGGGUGGCUGGGUCGUUGGCCUCCUUCGGGUGGUCGAACUUGCAAGUCGUCCAGUCCAACUAGUAUACAUACGUUCACUCCAAUCAAACCUUAUACCAUAUGAUGGACGGCGGCAGUGAGUGACAGUGAGUGCGAUAAGUGAGCGAACGGACGGCGGCAACAGGUAAGCCGAGAGCGCUGUCUCUCGCACAGGUAGUGACACAGCUCUCUCUCCCUCUCUCUCUCUCUCUCUCU